UCCGUCGCCGCUCGUUCGUGCCCGUCGGCCGCGCGAGGAGAUGGCAGUCGAGCGGGCCGGGCGCUGCGCGACGCUCGCCCUAAAGUGAUGAGGCCGCGGUCGCCCUUCGAGAGAAUCGGUAUCGAUUCGAGAGCUGCAUUCGUCUGUGGCCACCACAGUCGCCGACUGGCGCCGAGUAGCGUCCCGCUCGUUGGCCGAUAACGCCUCGGACCGUUAUCAAUGCAGGUGAAGCAGCGAGAAGAGUCGAGGCGUCGCGGCGCCUGCGCUUCCUCGGUGGUCCACGAAGUCCGGCUCGCUCCUGGCUUAAGAUCCGGCCUUAAUACUCCCGUUUGCAGCUCGAGGGACCGGGCCCUAAAGAAGCGAAAGAUGCGCGCCCAAGUUCUGAGGAUGCUCUCGCAGAAGCGGGCGGAGAUGGCGGAGGCCGCUGAAGCGUUGGAGGUCGCAGGGGCGAGUCGGGCGGAUCCCAAGGGAGGCGCAUCAGCGAGUGGAGCAGUAACUCCAGGGAGCUACGCGAACGGCGAGGGCUCCAAGGAGUUCCUGUCGACCGGCAGGACCGGCAGGAGAAACGCCAUGCCCGACAUCCUCGGGCAACACGCCGACGUCGGCACUGCCGACCUCCCCUCGAGGCUGGAGGCCCUCACCACCGACUCCAAGCACGACCAACCCGGCACCAGCGGAUUGACCCAGGAGGAACUGCUGGCGGCCAGUCAGCGAAACGGCUGACGAAAAGAACCCUCCUGGUGACAACUCUCUACAGGGCGGACUUUUGACACUUCGAUCGAGGUCGGCGACGAAGCUGGCCCUCCGACGAGGGAACCAAGACGUCGGCGAUGUCGCCGAUCGCGGGUCGAGGGCCGCUGUAACGAGCGUUGCCCGCAACGCGACACGUCUCUGUACAUAGACAUAGGAUAGCGAACGCGUCCGUUUUUCUCUAUUUUUUAUAUUGUCUUACUAAGUCGGUUAAAGAUGUAAAUCGACCUUGAGGUACAACGGAGAUGGACAACGAGGAUAUUCGUUGUCGCUAUCCUGGACGACAGUAUUACGUAUCGAUAGGUUUCUUCUCCGUUAAUUUUCCGUCGACUUUGGUUUAAGAGGUUCCCGCAGGAGUCUGUAGGUCCUAGGACGUUCCUUCCGUCAUUCGGAGCCCGAAUUUCCUAGGCUACGCAUCCGGAAACGGAAAUUAAGGGGGUCUUUCGAUUUAUUGCGGGGCCUUACGAGCGUUAAAAAGCGACGCGCGUUGCGACUAACGUUGCAUCGUGACAAAAGAGACGCACGUCGGUCAUCUGUACACCAUAUUAGAUUAUAAUCUUCUUCGAUGGAUGUUGUAACGACGGAUAUUUAUGCGACGCUUGUGGGGUCCCAGUCUUUAGAGGUGUCUCGAAAUCUUCUAACUUGGCGAAGGAAAUUGACUGUUAUUAAAUCUAGACGAACUGACCCGACGAAAUGACAUCUUCGAGCCCCCUUAAUGCGGAGAUAAUUUGCAAUUUUUCUCCCAGGGGAAGCUUCGGUAUUCCCGUCGCAUGAACGACGUUAAAGGGUUAUUCCUUAGUCAAUUGUUAUUCCCAAAGGAGGCCCGAUUCGCUCCACCCUGUGUUACACUCUGACUGUCAGUGAUAUAAAAAGGUUGUGUGUCGUUAGUUUAGGAAGAGUGGACUACAACUGUAACUAGGAUAUCGCAUUUUCUACGGUAGAUUUAGGGACAAGAGCGAGGCCGUGCGGAAGGAAUUCUCGCAACGGGGGAAACGCGUCUGGAAUGUCAAUGAAACGAAUCGCCGGUGCAUGUUAACGCGAAAGAAACGUUAACGACCGACACUUUUUUUUUUUGCCAAGACGUCGAGUCUCUUUCAGGAAGUUACGACGACGGGCAUUGUUUUACGCAACUCGAUGCCAUUAAGCGUCCGCUUUUCCUGCUUACCGAAGAUGAUCGCAUCGCUUUUUAAGGGGGCUCGAAGGUGUUUUUUCUUUUCUAAUGCGAGGUAAAAAAGUCACCUUCGGAACGUCUUGAAAACUGUCUUUGAUAUUCUCAUGACACGCCGUACAAGUUCUAAAAGUCGACGCUGCUCUCUUCCCCUUCCCCGUGAGCCUACAGGCAUCGAGGUUUUUCGAUGGAUCUUUAUUCAUUUCUUCUGUUUCUCUUGCUCUUAGAUUUUGUUCUUUGAGGUAAAUCGAAGAAGGAACAACGAGGAAUCUCCAUUACCUUUCGAAUGGGCGUUCUGCCCGACCAGUCGAAUUCUGAACCGAGAAAAGGAAUUCGUUGCGGCCUCCCUAGGAACGUUUCUAUAUUACAUAAGCAUUCGUAUACGUGUUUAGCUAGAACGUAUUAAGUUAUUUUUACGACUGCGGAUAUGUACAUACAUAGUUAAUACGUUCGAACGAAAUGCGUGGCCCCCGAAUCAGGUUCGGACCAAUCGAUUACCCCCGCCGGAACUUUAUUUUCCACGGAGUGGAAAUUCGCCUUAAGGCGAUGGGAAAGUGGCUGCGCAGAGGUCUCGUUUAUGAAACUUUUCUCUGAACUGAGUAUGUCGAAUCGUUUUAAUAAUCACAGCGAGAAUAUGGAGGCUACAAGGAAGCUCCUGACACCCGUGAAAUUUGUUUAUGGGUAUUUUUUAAAUUUUGUAUUAAAACUGAAAUUUCAUGGGUGGAGGGACCUUCCUUGUAGCCUCCGUAUUUACGUUGUAAAGUGUGAAACGAUUCGGUGGAUCCAUUUUGGAGAAAACGUUUCAUGAACGAUUGACCUUUCGGAUGCCGUUUUCACAUCCCCUUAAACGUGGAUCAGAACGAAUAUUAACGUAGACACUUGCACGACAUUGAAUUUUCCUGCCGAUUAGUGUCAGCACUAAGGGAAAUUCAGCUUAGGGUAUCUGCGGAUUGUACGUUUUCAGUUUUGCUCUCUCAUGAGAAAGCGCUGACCAUUACAAAAUGGGGCGUCUGAAUGUGUGCCGAAAAUGAGAUUUUGCCGAGCGACAGGGACACCGAUAGCGACUAAUUGGGGUUUCCCAAGCUAUUCUCGAUUCCGCUUUAACCUAGGAGCUUAAUUUUGCGCGCCAUUGCAAAGCUCGACGUUCGUUUGCCACCCUCGUACGCCCUUCCUCCGACAGUUACUGCAUCAAACUAGGAGUAAAUAUUUGCAGUCCAACGUGUGUACGUGCUCGCGGUACUUUUCCCGACACCUCAUUUAACUCCCGAGUGCUUACUCGUCUUAUUUGCGUAUUGAGUUUGCGUCCUGUCUCCCUGGCUUGGGAAUUUAACGAUUUGACACACCACUACUCGAGCGGUGGAAAAUAGGGAAUGCCUCUUUGUUAUUGCACCCCUAACGAGCGUGACCGCUGUCACUGUUAAUGCGAAUUACAGUUCACCCGUUGAAUUUGCCAUGGGGUUCUUUUAUCGAGAGGAGGUAUUUUUAUCGGCCGGGUAUUUCGAGGAAAAGCGGAGAGCGAGAGGAAGCGGUGCCGAUUUUCUAUCGAAGGCAGGGAAAUUAUUAUAAGCGGGGAAUCGCACCUUGCGGGGCGGAUCGAAACUCUAGUCAGCAUCGAGGGCUCUUCUCUGUCCUCGGACCCCAAUUUUCAUUGUAGUAGUUAAAAUUUAUUCUUCAACAAUUUCGAGGGAUUCGACGCCGAGGAAUUCGGUUUUAUGUAUUGUCUCAUUUAUCCUACUCGGUUGAAAUUUUCUGCUCAAUGAAGUUAAGCCGUAACUGUGGAAAUCAGGAAAAGAAGGUUUUGCGCGCUUGGGGUUCGGGAUGAGAAAAGACUCCUACAGAGUUUAUUCACUAUUCGAUGGUCGGGUUGGUAAACCCGUGAUUAGUGGAACUUUUCGACGUAUCCGUACUUCUGAAUUUCAAUUCCCUUCCUCCGGUGAGUCUCGCGUGGAAAGUCCUCGACGUUUUCGUGGGAGCGAAGCGGCGCUUCCGUUACUUAAAGGAGAGCAUCCAUGAGUAGUUAGGCAUUUCGUUUAGCGUUUUAGUCUCGAAUGCGCGAGGCUGUCUCCACUGGCAUGACUAAUAAACAGGAAUUUUUAAUAAUUACAA